CUGCAGCUUUGGGCUGUCCCGCGCGGGCGCCCCGUGUCCAGCCCAUCUGGGGCGUGGGUGGUCUCGCCGGGCCCCUGGCUUUCCUGGGGUGAAGGAAGAAGUAAAAAGCGUUGUUGGAGGUUGCUUUUGCUUUCAAGUGUGUUCGGCCCCUUUCGGUUGAGCUUCUGGCUUGAGGAGGAUGUUGUUGGGAGAAAAAUCUGUUGGAAGGCAAUCACACAGAGUGAGGCUUCUGCAUGCAGACACACAAUACACGUUGGGGUGCCACUGCAUGGCGAAACGGUGCUGAUAGCAGAUCAGUGCGUUGGCAGGGUAUGGAGGGGAAGCCCCCAUUGCAUUUGAAUAUGCUGCUGGAUUCCACAUAGAACAACCAGCGGGAGACUGACCGCACAACCAUGCAGCCCCUUUGUCAGACGGAUGAUCUAAACCUGGAGGCAUCCAUAGCAAGUGCUCGCCCCCAGCUAGUGGAGUUCCUCAGUCACCGUCCUGACUGGCUGCUCACAACCUCUCAGCGCUUCCUCCCAGAGGUGACCCUCAGUGGCUUGGAUGGCAUCACUGACCACAAAGAGAAGGUCUCGGUGCUCCUUGACCGGCUGGAGAAGGCUGGCCCUGCCACCUGGAAACAGUUUGUACAGUACCUGUGCAUGGAGUGUGACCUCCCCCUGGAUCUGGAGAUACUGCUCAUGAGCUGUGCAGGAGAAGGUAACUUGAGCCAGAAGCAAGAAGCAUGCGUGAGUGUAAGAGCCUCAUCGUGUGUGCCAAAAGGGUUUGAUCGUCGCCGCCAUAGCAGCAGUUCUAUGAGUGAUAAAGAUGCUAAACAGCAGCGACUAGAUUCAGCUGAAAGGUACCGGCAUCUCCUCGUUAAUUCAGUCUGCCAAAGAUAUGGAAGUAGGAGAGCAGCUGGACCAACACAAGGACAAAUGCAGCCACCGACUUUCAACCAAGCCUUUGUCAACCUUGUUAUUCGGCAGAGCAAAGCUUCUCGAUUAAAAGAGAGAACAGAUAAGCCCCGAGAGGAUGUGGCACUUACUCCAGAAACAGAAGAAUGUGUGGAUACAGCUGUGAAAGUGUCAGAUCUGUUUGACAGUGUUGUUCGGUCAGGUACCACUAAGGUGAUCUUUUUAUUUGGCAAACCAGGGACGGGCAAGACCAUGUUAAUGCACAGGAUAUAUCAGAAAUGGGCAGAAGGUGUCUUGCCUCAAUUUCUCCUCGCUUUCCUGUUUGAGUUUCGGCAGCUGAAUUUAUUAAAAAGAAAACUGACUUUGAAGGAGCUUUUGUUUGACCUGUUUCUUCAGCCAGAAGACAGCCCUGAUGCAGUGUUCCAGCAACUCCUGGAAAACGCCCAGCGUACAUUGAUCAUUUUUGAUGGGCUGGAUGAGUUUGCAGAUAACAUGGACGUGUCAUCCUCUGCUAAGGGAUGCCCAGCCCUCCCGAGCUGCAUGUCUAUAUCUGAGCUCUUUGCAGACCUCUGUCAUGGCAAUCUUCUGCCUGGUUGCACAGUGUUGGUCACCAGCCGACCUAAGAGACUACCUGACUUCUUACUAAACACAGUAGAUUUGCUAGCAGAAAUUUGGGGAUUUGACCACGAGAAGGUUGAGGAAUAUGUCAGCCACUAUUUUCAUCAGCAUUCUUUCAAAGAACAAGUGAUUGCUCACCUGAAGAACAACACCAAGCUCCUCAGCAUGUGUCUGAUCCCUGCUCUGUGUUAUGUUGUCUGCAUCUGUCUGGAAUAUUUGUUCCUUAAACAUCAGAUGAGUGUGGAGCUUCCUCAGACUAUGACACAGUUUUACAUCAAAAUGCUUCUCAUCUUCAUAAACAAACAGCAGGGAGAGCAUGCAGGCAGUGAGGAGACUCAGCUGAACUGUAACAAAAAGGCCAUUUUGGGUCUGUGUGAUCUUGCCUUGAAAGGCCUGGAAGAUAAGAAGCUUGUAUUUUAUGUUGGUGAUAUUCCAGAGCACGUGAAAGAAUUUGCUUCCUUACAUGGACUGCUGACUGUCUUUGAGGUAAAGACAAGUGGCAGUCCCCCAGAGGCUGGCUAUGCCUUUGUGCACUUGAGUUUGCAGGAGUUUUUUGCAGCACUAUGUCUCAUGAUAAGUAAGAGAGUAGACAAGAACUACCUGAAGAAGAAGUUCUCUUUGAAGUCAAAGUGGACUUCAAAGAAUGAAGCAAAGACGGAGUUCAUGGAGAGUUUUCACAUCUUUCUCUCAGGCCUGUCUUCAAAAGAGUGUAGGACGUUCCUCAUGUUGCUGGCUGAACAAGACGAAGCUUGGGUGCAGGAUAAGCAAGACGCCAUCCUGCAGUCUCUCAAGAGGCUGGCAGCCACUCAUCUGACAGGGCCUAAGGUCAUUGAGCUCUGCCAUUGCACAUUUGAAACGCAAGACCUUGAAGUAGCGCAGCACAUUGGGAGCCUGCUGAAUUUCAAGUACGAGUUUAAAAAGUUUAGACUGAUGCCUCUGGACAUGUCAGCUUUGGUUUUUGUCAUAAACUCGGGCCAGGAUUUGACUUAUCUGGAUUUUGCAGGAUGUCCCAUGGACGUUGACUGUUUGGAAGUUCUGGCCCACUGUAAAAAUGUAGCGCACUUGAGCUUUCGGAGUAGGAGGUGUGGAGAUGACUUUGCUGCUGCUCUUUCCAGGAGCCUGCGAGAAAUGGGGAGCCUGAAGAAGCUCGAGUUGACAGGUGGGAUCAUCACAGCCAAGGGGCUAUCUAACCUGGUCCAGGCUUCAUCACAUUGCCUCCAGCUUGAGGAAAUAAACUUGCAGGACAAUCGGAUACGGGACCUGGAGGUGAAAAGGGUGAUGGAUGUUUUUGCCAGAAUGGAAAAGCUAAAGAAAAUAGACUUGAGCUACAACAGUCUUUCCUUGAAUGUUGUUCUCGCUUUGGCCAAGGAAGUUGUCGCAUGUCGAAGUGCUACUGAACUGCAUGUCAGGAAGGACACCGUGAUAAUACAUUUUUCUGGCCAAUCUGGAAAAGUUUCAAGAUCUUUGGAUUUGAGAUGGGAAGAGAAUAAGGAACAUGUGACUCAAACUAGACAUUUGAAGUUAUGCUUGCACGGUCGCAGCCUGUGUCCUCAGCAUGCAGAGGAGAUCGUUGCCAUUCUCCAGAGCUGUCCCCGUCUCUCAGAAGUGGAUUUAUCAGGUAACAAGCUUGGAGAUGAAGGCUGCAGCUGGCUGCUGAAAAGCCUCCCUUGGAUAUCGAUUUCGAAGCAGCUGGAUCUCAGUCAAAACCACCUGUCUGUUGAUGGCAUCUGCAGUUUGUUGAAGUCAGUAAAUACCUGCCAGAAGAUAAUGGAGGCAGAAGUCAGCCUUUGGCAUAAGACUGCAAUCCUGAGGUUUACAGGAGACAGUGAAUCUGCUUCUCCUCAUCCCAGGAGAGAGCUAGUAUUCUCUACUGGUGACCCAGAAGAUGGAGAGGAAAACCAGACAGCUUCUGCUUCAAAAAAAAUAAGACUGACUGACAGUCAUUUUCAAGUCAGCAACCUGGAGAAGCUGUACGCAGUCCUGAAGGAAUGUAGCAGCAUCUCAGAGCUGGACCUAUCAAAUAAUGCUCUGGGAGACAAGGGCCUUUGGCAGCUGUUUCAGUUCCUCCCAAAUUUGAAAAUGUUACAUUCACUCAAGCUGAAUGGCAAUCAGAUCUCUCUGAACUCUGUGUUUUCCUUAGCUCGGUCCUUGUUUACGCUGGAACACAUUAAAACAAUGAACCUCAGCUUAGGACACCCGCAGGUGGUUCAUAUAACCUUUUGGGAAAGAACCAGGGGCAGGAGUACCAGCAGAUCCAGAAGAAGUUUCCUGGCACAUCCCAAGCCUGUAGCAAGUGGCCAGUGCUUUCGGCUCAGGGACUGCACAAUGGGUCCUGAGGACGUGACCAGGCUGUGCCAGGUCCUGGCUGAAUGUACCCAGCUGACAGAAAUUGAUCUGUCUGGAAAUUCAUUGUGUGACAAGUGCAUUGAGAGACUACUGACGUUCCUGCCCUAUCUCAGUCAUCUGAAACUAUUGAGUAUUAGGAAAAAUAACUUCUCUCCUUGUUGCACUGUCUUACUGGUCAACUCCAUCAAUCUCUGUGAGCGGAUCAGAAGGGUAGAAGUGAGGUCAAGUGAAAAUGCUUUUUUGCAUUUUGGAACAAGCAUAGAAAGUGAAGAGACAUCCUGCAGACUGACUGACUGUGCCAUCGGUCCAGGGCAGAUAGAUGAGCUGUGCAGAGUCCUGGAGCAGCAUGGGUGGCUGGCAGAAGUAGAUCUCUCUAGGAAUCAGCUGGGAGAUGAAGGCCUGAGGUGCCUCUUGGACCGCUUGCAUCAGGCACCCGUUACCUGUUCCCUCAAUCUCAGCCAUAACAGGAUUUCUCAGGAUGGAGUUCUGGAUCUCAUAAAUGUCUUUGCCACAUCUGGAAAUAUCAUUGAAGUUCAAGUCAGUUUGUGCUCCAAAGCAACUUUAAUCAUCAAGCUGACAAGCAGAGAUGACCCGAGAAAGAUUUUGAGACUCACAGAGUGCAACUUUCAGCCAGAGCACUUGGAAAAGCUAUGCUUCGUCCUGGAAAAGUGCUCCAGUCUGACAGAAUAUAUAUCCUCAAAGAACAACAUGACAGUGCAAACUGCAGAGACUCUUUUGCAUUUACUGAAGAGAAAUCUAGGUCCUCUAAAAAUCAGUAUAGAAGAGCCAUGGGUAUGUAAAGAAAGUGUCACGAGUCUUCUUGGGCUGGCUGUCCAGGCCUAUGGGAACAUUACUGAGAUCACGAUAUGUAAAGAUAAAACCCUCUUCCAAUUAUGCAUAGGGUUCCCACCCUGCCUGAAGAAGGUGGAGGCAGUUGUUAGCAGACUGAAUCUGUACGAGCUGGAAGUCAAGUGUGCUUGUUUCUAUGAAAGGGUUCGUGAAAAAUGUGCCCAGCUUCAGGAAUUGAGAUGGUCUCAUGUUGAGCUCCAUGGUGAUGAAGCAGAAAUGCUAGUCAAUAUUCUGCUACCUCUUCCAGAGUUGAAGAAGUUUGGGCUGACCUCUAGCAGUAUUAUGCCAACUGGAAUUGAUUACUUGAUCACUGGCUUGCAGAAGUGCCAGGGUAUUGAAGAGCUUAACCUAGGCCACAUGAGACUCAGCGAUGCUACCAUUCCUAAGCUUGUGCUGGGACUCCGUGAAAUGCCAUCUCUGAAAAGGCUUCUCUUGAACCAUAACAGUAUUGGUAAUGAAGGCUGCUCCAGCCUUGCAGAAGCCUUGAGGAAAAUGCACUACUUGGAGGAAAUAAAUUUAAGCCACAACAAGAUUGGCGAUCGAGGCCUGAUAAAUAUAGCUGCUGUCCUGCUGGAAAUGCCAAACCUGAAAAGAAUCAACCUCUCUGGAAACAAUCCUAGUCCUGUUGGAGGAGAAAAGCUCGUCGAAGCUCUUGCCUGUUGCAAGCGCGUUGAGGAAUUGCUACUAUCUAGGAAUGUUUUUGGUGACAAGACAGCAGUGAAACUUGCCCUCUGUCUGCCUCAAAUGAGUGACCUGAAGAUCCUGCACUUGCAGGACAAUAACAUUGGGCCAGCAGGAGGCACAGAGCUGGCCAGAGCCCUGGUGGGAUGUCAGCUGCUGGAAGAGAUAAGUUUAUCAGAAAAUUGCCUUGGGGAAGGAGGCAUCCAUGCCCUGUCUGAGGGGCUGCCAUGCUUUGAACACCUCCGAAAGAUUGAUUUAAAACUCUGUGGAAUUACUGAUGAUGCUUCCAGAUUGCUUUCUCACGGCUUCAGGCAGUGCCCUUCCAUGGAGGAGAUAAUAUUGUCUUGGAACACCCUUGGCGACAGAGGAGCCCAAGAGUUGGCCAGUGCUCUCCCAAGGAUGGAAAAGCUGAAGAUGUUAGAUCUGGAGAAAAAUCUCAUUGGAGCCUGUGGGGCCACAAAGCUAGCAGAGGAGCUUGCCAAGUGCCCAGAAAUUCAAUUCAUACGGCUGUGGAACAAUCUGGUGCCUAAGGGCCUCGCUGAGAAUUUGACAAGCCAAGACUCAAGACUGUGUUUCUCCCUCUAUUAGUAAAGAAAAGCCCUUGAGUGACUCGGAACUGCUCUCCGUCUUCCAUUGCCCUCAAAAAUGGCUCUAAAAGGGAUUCUGAAGACUCCAGGAAGCCAAGAUCCAUGCAAAUAAAAACUGUAAGCAUGAGGUCUCCCUUCACUGCGCUUAACCAAGUGUGAACAUUGACACGUGCUUUUAUUGUGAGUUUUUAUGUUACAGAAAAGCAAAAAGUAUUGUAAGGAAUUGCUGCUGAGCAGGCAGUGUUCUCCGCCUACCAACUUUCAAGCUCUUUUCAAGAGGCUGAGAUGCGCAGGCUUUCUGAAAACCAAUGGGAUAUUUCAUGAUCUUUAAUCAAGAUUAGAACACCUACAGGAAGUUCCAGUAAAAGAAUGAACGUCUUCCAGGAGAGGAUGUAAAAUUUGACAUUAUUAGAAAUGAACUCAAACAGGCUGUUUGAAAAUUGUGUACAAGUGUGUGAAAUACCUAUGUGUUUUUUAGAAAAAAAGUGUAAUAUACGUAACUGUAGUAUAUAUAUUUUUGUUUGCCUUGAUGGCAGGCUCCUUUUCCUACAGAAUUGCCUCAAUUUCCUAGUGAAAACUUCCAGACUUUUGAAAUUUCAAAUCAUUGUGCAACAACGACCGGUAAUUGUACUGGGAUGAUGUGGAAAGGCCAAAAUCACCAUAGAUUUCAGUGAGACAACUUAAAGGAUUGAGGUUGUAAAAUAAUUUGUAACAAAGCUGACUAUUCAGUGUGAGAGGCCAUUUUCAUAAGUGUUUUUCUAGAACUUUGGGUUUUUGGAAUGCUUAAGUGCACUGAUCUCUUUGAGGUGAAGUGAGUGGCAAGUUACCUCAAAAGGCUGUGGUCCUGGCUGCUGGCUGCUGCUUGAAGCCUCUGCAGUUCCCUGAGUCCCAAAGCCUGCAUUAUCUCUGGGCAGUGGAUGUUGGGCAUGUGGGAACUGGAGGGAGAAGCUCCCAAGCACUGAGUUUGCUGCUCAGCAGAUGAGACAGACCAUGACUGCCCCUUGCAUGUGCAGAACAACAGCUCGUGUGGCGGGAGUGAGGCCAUGUCAUUCACCUUAUUUAUUAAUUUGUUGUUAUAUCAUAUAUACUUUUUGUUAUGUGUUUGUGCUGGAAAUAUUUAAUCCUUGUGGUGGGGGUUUAUUUAUUUAUGGCGUUUUGUUUGCAGCAGCAUUCUCCUGGGGAGAUGGUAUUGGUCUAAUUUGGGCAGGGCAGGCUUUUGGAAUGAAGUAGAAAUGCUGAUCAGGCAAACCUUUGAGCACAGGAGAUGGACAGCUGGUGCCUGUUAUUUCUGGAGGGGCCACUGCCCUUAUCUAAGGAUAACAUUAGGCUUUGCAAGAUACUAUGUUGUUGCAUAGAGGUAGGAUGUGUUUUGCAGACAAGAUCGUACUCUGAAAAAGAUUUAAAAACAGCAACAAAGGAAAAAAAGUGAAAUUCCUUAUAAGGCCAUAAUUCAAGUCCCUGAGAUUUAAACACUGGCGUUUAAGUAUAAGCUUUACGAAAUGUGGCUGUUAGUCUGUAUUUUCAGAUCUAAUUUGCGGAUGCAAGUCUUUCUAGUGCCCUUCAAAGGAACAGUGUGACACAAAACGUACUGUGAUCACAUAUGAAAAGGUGUCUCAGUACUGUUAGCUCGUCACAGCUUUUCAGGAGAGUGCUUCCUAGUGGGAUGGUCCCUGCCUCUGGUAUCCCAGGACUUCUUUUGGAAAUGUAAGAGGGUGGACAGAGUUUUCAAUAACAGUCCAUUUUGGUCCAGCCUGUGAGCUGAAAAGUCAUGUUGUUCCUGCCUUUUCAACGUCAUUUUAGUAGGACUAAGUGCUAUCUGUCAUAAAUAAUAGAGGCUGCAUUUUACUCUGUAUGAAUAAGAAAGUACGGGGAUCAGACUUCUUAAUGCACUUUGUAAUGGCUAUUUUGACAUCUUCAAAAGCAACCACAGCAAGAGUCUUUUGCUGCUAUCACAGGUCCCUGUACCAUAGGGAAAAGCAGACACCACCACUGUCAAACAGAUGUCUGCCUAGCUCCAUUGUAUUGUAUUGCUUGUACUGAUGACAAGCACUCCUGUACUUUCAUUUAUUCAGGUGCCAUGGUAAUUUUUUUUCCUCUUUCACUGGUUUGAAACAUGCCAUCCUGCAUGUUGUUUUUCCACCCUUUUUUGAUGCUCUAACUGAAUAAAU